AUGACUUCUCAAGCAUUAUUCUCCCCUAUCAAAGUCGGUACCAACACACUCAAGCACCGUGUUGUUCUCGCUCCAUUGACUCGUUUCCGCGCCACUCUUGACCACAUCCCUACUGAUCUUUUGGUUGAAUACUACGAACAGCGUGCUUCUGAUGGCGGUCUCUUGAUCACUGAAGGCACUGCCAUCUCCCGUCUUGCAGGCGCAUAUCCUCGAGUUCCAGGCAUUUACAAUCAGCAACAAAUUGAGGCAUGGAAGAAGGUGACAUCUGCUGUUCAUGCUAAAGGCGGUGUCAUCUUCACACAGUUGUGGCACAUUGGUAGACUUGGAUCAAAGAAUCGCAAUCCUAAUCAAGAACAAGUAGUAGGCCCUUCUGCCAUUCCUUUUUCUGGGAAAGACUUUGCAGGUAAUGAGUCUGAAGUACCCCGUGCUCUCACCUUGGAUGAAAUCAAGGCUGUUAUCAAUGAUUACACUCAAGCUGCCAGAAACGCUAUUGAAGCUGGUUUUGAUGGAGUAGAGCUCCAUGGUGCAAAUGGCUACCUGAUUGAUCAGUUUCUCAGUUCAUCAAGCAACCAACGCACCGAUGUUUAUGGUGGAUCGUCUGAGAACAGAGCUCGAUUUGCUUUGGAAGUUGUGGAUGCCGUUGCCCAGGCAAUUGGGGCAGAACGCACUGCUAUUCGUCUUUCUCCUGGAGGCGAGUUUAAUGGAAUGAGUGACGAUAAUGUUGAAAAAACUUGGGGUUACUUGACCUCAGAGUUACAAAAGAAGUAUCCUACUUUGGCUUACUUGCACAUGACUGAAUCUCGCUCCAAUAUUUUUGCUGACAAUCAGGCAGAUUUAACAGACACUCUUGAACCCUAUCGUAAACUCUUUAAAGGGCCUUUCAUUACAGCAGGUGGUUUAUCUAAUGCUCAAAAAUUUGCUGAGGAGAUUGCCGAAAAGACUGGUGAUUUAAUUGCUUACGGUCGUGCCUUUAUCGCUAAUCCUGAUUUACCUGAACGUCUCCGCAAUGGUUGGGACUUGAACCCUUAUGAUAGAGACACUUUUUAUACUAAUGAAGCUAAUGGCUACACCGAUUAUCCUUUUUACAAUAAACAAAAAUGA